CCCCUCCCCCAAGCGGGCUCAGUGCAGACGCGGUCCGAGCGCUGUGUGUGGACGGAACCUGGUCCCAGCAGAGCGAAUCCCCCGGACUAGCCAGGCAUCCCUCGGUGGCAUAAACACUUUGUCCCGAGGGGGCAGCGGGCGGGCAUGAAGUGCCCUAAGUGCAACUACGUGUCUCAAGAUGCUUCUCCCAACUUCUGCAGCCACUGUGGGUUGCAACUGGCCCCGCCCAUCAGCACACAAGUACAGGACAGAGGAGGCGAAGAUGUAACGCCCGUUCCUGUGCCUGAGGGGGACGUGGAUGGUGGCAGAGAACUCAAGGUAGAUGGUGCCCCCUCGGUGCCAGCCGCUGAUGGACAACCACUGCCCGAAGGGGCGCAGGGGAAGCCAGGAGAGUUGCUGUCAGAGAGCCUGGGGAGUCAGACGGGUGCGUCAAAGAAGAAACAGACAGCAAACGCUGCAAGUGGUGCAGUCUGGAGGGAGUUGGAGGAUGCUAAUCCCCUUUCCAGAAAGAGGAGAAAGGAGAAACCAGUCCCAUUUGAGGAGAGCAGCCCAUCUCCUACCAGCCCGUCGCAGGUAGUUCUCGUGUAGUUCCUCAGCCCGGGGCAGCCUAAGCAAGCGCCUUGCCCUGAAGCCCCAGUUACUCGCACAGGUGUCUGGUCUGGGUCAACCGCUGGAUGGCAGCCUGAAGGGAGCAAACUCGAAAACUGCGCGUAGCAGUUUCCUGAAUGGUUCCUGCCUGAAGCUCUGGGCAGAGGAAAUGUCUGUGAUUCCCGGCUGUCCGUCGUUCUGGUUGUGGAACCCAGACUCUGCUCAGGCUCUGUGCUAGCAAACGAGGCGGACGGGUUUGCUGUUUCUCUCCUUCCCUCACAUCCCUCUAACUCCGUCCCUCCUCCAGCUUAACAUUGUGCUUCGCAGGAGCUGUGCGUGUGUGUUCACUGCCCUUCGCUAGGGCUUGUGCUUAGUUCCCUGUGAUCUCGCCGGGUGCUCACUGGAGAGACAGACGCAUGAGGUGGGAAGAGUCCCUUUGUUUUUCUUCCUGCCUGCCUGAGUUGUAAACCAGCGAACAGGCCCACGGAGAAGAUGGGGAAAGGGAGCAACUGCUCUGGGACCUGCCAAUUCAAAAGGGCCCGGGGCUCUGACUGCCUCCAGUCUGCUCUGGACCCUUUAAAUUGCUCCUGGAGCCCCGCACAGUGUGCUCCAGGCACUGAGUCAGCACUGAGGGCUGCCUGGAGGAGGUACCGGUGGGGUGUGCUCCUGGCACCCUGGAAGGGCUGGCUGCAGGAAACUAGUUCCACCCCUUCUGCUGGAAGUCCCGCCCCUUCCAGGGGCACUGAGCAGGUCUUCCCGCCUUGCCCAGGGGCCCAGUGAGUAGCUCAGCCCCACUGCCAGCAAACACGGCGACUCCAGCCUGAGCUCGACAAUUUUGCCUGGCAGUUGGGUGAGGAAGGAAACCAAUUUGUUUUGGAAGAGGUCAUCGGAGGCUUCUUAGCCAGGAGGAGGCUGGCUUCAAGGAAACUCGCAGCUCCCAUUCUCUUGCUUUCAGCCAGUGCGUCCCUUCCAGUGCUCCAAGCCCCCACGGCCUGUCAUCUCACCAGAUGUGUGGCCGCGUGUUGUGACACUGACCCUUUCUAUUUCCUGUGCUCAGUCAGGGGCAUUGAGCAGAAUGUGUAGAAGUUGUUUGUU